AUUUCCUGUCACCUGGUAUCUAUCAGCGAUUUCAUCCCCAGGCCUGGACUAUCUCACUCACCCUCCCAGUGUGCUUGAGGUACUAGCAGCACCCACUGAACUCCGCCGCCAGCAUCCAAGUCAGCCCUUGAGAUUUGAGGCCUUGGAGACGCAGGAGUUUUGAGAGCAAAAUGACAACACCCAGAAAUUCAGUAAAUGGGGCUUUCCCAGGAGAGCCAAUGAAAGGCCCUAUUGCUACACAACCUGGUCCAAAACCAGUCCUCGGGAGGAUGUCUUCACUAAUGGGCCCCACACAAAGCUUCUUCUUGAGGGAAUCUAAGGCUUUGGGGGCUGUCCAGAUUAUGAAUGGGCUCUUCCACAUUGCCCUGGGGGGUCUUCUGAUGAUCCCAACAGGGGUGUAUGCACCCAUCUGUGUGACUGUGUGGUAUCCUCUCUGGGGAGGCAUUAUGUAUAUUAUUUCCGGAUCACUCCUGGCGGCAACGGAGAAAAACUCCAGGAAGAGUUUGGUCAAAGGAAAAAUGAUAAUGAAUUCAUUGAGCCUCUUUGCUGCCAUUUCUGGAAUGAUUCUUUCAAUCAUGGACAUACUUAAUAUUAAACUUUCCCAUUUUUUAAAAAUGGAGAGUCUGAAUCUUAUUAGAGCUUACACACCAACUAUUAACAUAUACAACUGUGAACCAGUUAAUCCCUCUGAGAAAAACUCUCCAUCUAUGCAAUACUGUUACAGCAUACAAACUCUGUUCUUGGGGAUUUUGUCAGUGAUGCUGAUCUUUGCCUUCUUCCAGGAGCUUGUAAUAGCUGGCAUUGUUGAGAAUGAAUGGAAAAGAAUGUGCUCCAGACCCAAAUCUAACAUAGUUCUCCUGUCAGCUGAAGAAAAAAAAGAGCAGGCUAUUGAAAUAAAAGAAGUGGUUGAGCUAACUGAAACAUCUUCCCAACCAAAGAAUGAAGAAGACAUUGAAAUUAUUCCAAUCCAAGAGGAAGAAGAAGAAAUGGAAACAAACUUUCCAGAACCUCCCCAAGAUCAGGAAUCCUCACCAAUAGAAAAUGACAGCUCUCCUUAAGUGAUUUCUUCUGUUUGCUGUUUCCUUUUUUAAACAUUAGUGUUCAUAGCUUCCAAGAGACAUGCUGACUUUCAUUUCUUGAGGUACUCUGCACACACCCUCCACUUCUUCAUCUGGCCUUUGCAUGGAGUGCCCAUAGCUCUUUCUCUCUCACAUUCAGAGAAUGCAGCCAUUGCAGCAGCUUGCAUUGUCAUAAUUAUUCUUUUGUGCAACUUUCUUACAUUGAAGAAAGGCAGAAUGAGUACUUUGGAAUGUGAUUUCCUACUAACCUGUUCCUUGGAUAGGUUUUUCAGUAGUAGGUUUUUGGUUUUUUGUUUUGUUUUUUCCAUUUUCUCCAUCAGCAACCAGGGAGACUCUGCACCUGAUAGAAAGGAUAUAUGACUGCUCCAUUAUAUCCCUAAACUAUCUUUUUUUUCCCCACAUCUACAUGUUUGGUAGAGUCCCUUUUGCAUCAUUUUAAGGACAAUUAAAAAAAACAGUAAUUAGGAACAAUACAGAACCUACUCCAUCUAUCUUUCUGUGGGGCUGACACUGUGGCAUAUUCCUAGAGUCACCACACCCCGUGAGGGAAGCUCUAAACAGACAAUACUCAUCUGUUUUUAGUAGAAACAGCAUAGCUUAUGUGUGGACAUGUCCCUGCCUUAACUUUUCCUAACUCCCACUCUAGGCUAUUGAUUGCAUGUCUACCUUCUUUAUGCAAGAAAAGAAAAAAAAUGACCAUAGAAAAUGCCACAAUUAGGUACCCAAAUCUCAAAUAAUAAUCAACACUUAGUUGUAUUUAUAAUUUCCAGAUGACAAUGUAUUUCAUGAAAUAACUUCACUUGAUGUUCCAUGAUCAAGAAAGAAUCCCUAUCUCUAUUUUACAAGUAAUUCAAAGAGGUAAAAUAACUUGUAAACCAGAAAAGGUAACUUGUCAACAGUCACAAUUGGUAAUUAUGAGAGCCUUGUUUCAUAACCAGGUCUUCUUAUUCAAAUAUGAUGUGAUGUUUGAAAUAACCAAAUUGUCUCUUCAAUGUCUGCAUAAACUGUGAGAGCGAAGUCAACAGGUUUUAUCAAGAACUUAGUCUGACCAGCACUAAGCAAGCACUAAGAGACACAGAGAAUCAGAAUCAGAUUUUGCCCAUGGGGAGAAAAAGGCUGAGACUUUCACCACAUUUGGAAAACUACUUGCAUCAUAAAUAUAUAAUUAACUGGUAGUUUGUAUAAAGCAGUCAUUACGUGCUAUAGACAUUCUCAGAAUAUCAUACUUGGAAACGAUGUAAUUAAAAUGCCAAAUCUGAGGCAAUAGCCGCCCUACUUUUCAAUUCAGAUAUACCUUACCUAGUACCUUUCCUAGAAAUAAUGUUAGCCUGGGGUGAAGUCACUAUUAUCCAUAGUCUAUUACUUGGGCAUUUGCUACAUGAUGAGUGCUGCCAGAUUGUGGCCAGUAAAGAGACAAUGUAAUUUUCACUUCCUAUGAUAUUUCUACAUUUUUAGAGACUACUAGUGGAAGAUAUUCUGUAUAAUUAGAAAAAAAGGAGACAGAACAUUUCUGUCUAUGUAGAGUUCUCAAAAUUCAUUCUAAAUUAAUAAAACUAUCUUUGUAUUCUUUUCUGCAACAGUUGAUUCCAACAUCGGUGUUUAUCUGUUCUUCUUUACUCUUGGAACAUUAGACCAUGGGAGGCUCUGACAGCCUUGAGUUCAUAUUUAUAUAACCCCAAUCUAGGUUUGAAAUGUGAGGUGUCGGUUCAUCAAAUAUUCAUGUCUAUAUAUUUUAAACAUGUUCCCAAAGAAAAUGUUCAUGGGAUAGGUCAUUGAUAAUAGAUUCCUUACUCCCAGAACUCCAGGCAAGGACUGGAAUAUAUAUGGCAGGUGAUUUUGCCUCAAACAAGAGAAGAAGGAAAAUGACACGGUAGGAGUAGGCUUGAGAAAAAAAUGAAAAUCAGAAAAUUUUCAAAAAAUACAAGGUCUUAUUUCUAUUUUACUUUUUCUCCACUUCUGAAAUAUACAUGAGGAUUCCUCUCCAAACCCAUGGUUUCUCUAUGAAUUUUGAGUCAUUUGUAUGACUUCAAAAUAAUUAGUUUUUGCUGACCUUACAUAACUUCUUAUAAUAGGAGACACCUUCAAUGUCUAUUAUUAAAGAAGAAUGAAAAUUCCUGUGAUCUUCUCCCUGAUUACCCCUUUGACAAUAUAGAAUCAAAUAAUAGCAUUGGCCAAUAGUAAACAUGCUUUGCUAAGAAGUGGAAGAUACAUUCUCUAGCCUCAGUUUUUCCUCUCAAUUUGUAUUUUUGUAAAAAUAAUGUUAUAUCCACAAAGGAUAUAAACUUUAAAAA